AUGCGCUUCUCCGUCAUCUCUCUUACCGCUCUUGCGGCUUCUGUCGCUAUCGCUCACCCUGGCGAGAAGCAAGUCCGGACUGAUGCCAAGAUCGCUGCCGCCAAGCGCGAGUUCAAGGCCGGUGUUCGCCGAGGUCUCGAGGCCUGCUCCGGCAAGCUCUCAGCCCGUGGCGUCACUGACCGAGCCGUUGCCCGCCGCGCCGCCACUGCCAAGAAGUAUGGCCGCUCCGUCGAGGCCCGCGACACGGAUACCGUCCUCAACACCAGCCACUUGUCGACUGCCAACUACACCCUCGACACUCCCGAGUCGACCCUCUUUGCCAGCAGCGGUACCUGUGCAGUCAACCCCGAGGGCGAGACUGGCCCUUACUGGGUCAAGGGCGAACUGGUCCGCAACAACCUGCGCGAGAACCAGACUGGUGUACCGAUCGUCAUCGAGGCCCAGUUUGUCGACGUUGAGACUUGCGAGCCUCUCGAGGGUAUCUACUGGGAUGUCUGGAACUGCAACGCCACUGGAGUGUACUCUGGUCUCGUAGCCGAGGGCAAUGGCAACACUGCCGACGCAGCCAACCUCAACGCCACCUUCCUGCGUGGUGUAGCCAAGAGCGACGCCGACGGUGUCGUUCAGUUCGAGUCCAUCUUCCCUGGUCACUAUGAUGGCCGUGCUACUCACCACCACAUGGUCGUGCACCUGAAUGCCACCGUCCUGCCCAACAACACCCUGACUGGCGGUACCUACGGCCACGUCGGUCAACUCUUCUGGGACCAAGACAUUAUCGACACCAUUGAAGCCACUGCUCCUUACAACACCAAUACUAUUUCCAUCACCAACAACUCGGAUGAUCGUGUCUUCAGCACGGAGACCACAGACACCACCACGGACCCCGUCUUUGAGUACGUGUACCUUGGAUCCGACCUUAGCGACGGUCUGUUUGGCUGGGUCACCGUCGGUGUCAACACCUCUGCCACCUACGAUCCCAACUACAGCUACGUCUGGACCUCGUCGGGUGGCGUUGCUCAGAGCGGUGGUACUGUUACUGUCAACAAGCAGUAA